CACACCUUGUAUAACCUGGCUAGUACAGGCAGUUCACGAACACACAGUUAUCUACGAUCUGAUUUGCUUUAACUUUUGCCAGUAGUAGUUAGUAAUUACAUUUGAAACUUAACUGCAUCGAUAAAUUGUCCUUGUACCGUAAGAGUUUGAGUUGACUGUAACAUUAGUCAUAUUUUUGGUCCGCAUUAUCUUGAGAUAUUCCCACUGCACUCAACAAAUUUAUUAGGAAUUUUGUGUUAGGGGGUUGAUUGGGAAUCCCCUUACGUUUGGCGACUCAGUGGUAAUUGUACUGAGCCACUUAUUUUGAUCAAAACCCACACACAGAUGUGUUUCUAAUGAUUCGACGUCACAAGACGACCAUCUUCACAGAUGCCAAAGAGUCUACCACGGUCUAUGAACUGAAGCGCAUUGUGGAAGGCAUUUUAAAGAGGCCGCCCGAAGAUCAGAGGCUUUAUAAGGAUGACGUGCUGCUUAACGACGGUCAAACUCUUGGCAAUUGUGGCUUCACAAAUCAAACGGCCCGACCUCAGGCCCCAGCCACGGUGGGAUUAGCUUUCCGUCUGGGUGAUGAUUCAUUUGAGCAGCUGAGGGUCGAGCCCUUCUCCACUCCCCCUGAGCUCCCUGACGUCAUGAAGCCCCAGGACUCGGGCAGCACAGCCAACGAGCAGGCUGUACAGUGAGGGAGGGGGCGGCGAAAGGAGAGGGAUGCACAGGGGGGUCUGAGGGAGGACGCACGGGGGGAGGGAGGGGCUGAAUUUUGGGAAGUGAUGCCUCAGCGGAUGAGUUUUACCUUACCUACCUUCAGAUGGGUAUAAACAAUUACAAACAUGGAUUCCCCUUGUUGUAAAUGUGAGGGCGGGUGCUUCAAAGUGGUUCAUUGUCCUGAAAUCGGAGAAAGCAUGCUAAAUUGUUACUUUCACACAAGACCCUUCAGAGAUACCUGACGGACUUGUCAUGACACUGUCAGUCAUCCAUGGGAUUGGUAAAGGCUGAACAUAAAGAAUUGUACCUCGUAUUUAAUGAAAUCUAGUCUUUAUUUGGGGUAAGGCUAAUGCUGCCUUACUUUUGUUUUUUAUUUUGCUGGCUUAAACGUGGGAGUUGGUAAGGUGUGACAUUUUUAGGCUUUUAUGUUUGUGUGUUUCCUUAUUAAACUAUUACUAGGAUU